GGGGACCUAGAUCCGCGGAGGAGUAAUCAUGGGAUGGGCAGUCCGCUAGUUCUCCUGGGGCCUGCCUGUCAGGAGCAGCUCAGGACCAUGUCCGCAAGAAGGCUCGGACUGAUGCGUGCCACCAGCCGUCCGCAGCUCCUUCUCCCCCUUCGAGGCCUAAAUCCGCUUGGUGGCCAACCGCAGCAAGUUUGGGCUCAGGGGCUCAGUCGCCGCCUUCUGGCACCAGUCUCAGCGCACCUCUUCCGCCCUCACCAUGGUGCUGGAGGCUCAGCUGCAGCAGGCCAUGCUGCUGAAGAAGGUGGUGGACGCCAUGAAAGACCUCUGCAAGGACGUGAACUUCGACUGUUCGGAGAAGGGGCUCCAAGUGCAGUCCAUGGACAGCUCGCAUGUGGCCCUAGUCUCGCUGCUUCUCAGGGAAUCUGCGUUCGCAGAGUUCAAGUGCGACAGGCCGACCUCGCUGGGCAUGAACGUGGACUCGCUGGGCAAGAUCCUGAAGAUGUGCGGGCAAAACGACUCGUUGAAGCUGCGCGCGCAGAAUGACGCAGACGUCGUGAGCUUCCAGUGCGAGAGCGGGGAGGAUGACCGAAUUGCCGACUUCGACCUGAAGCUGAUGCAGAUCGAGAGCGAGCACAUGGAGAUCCCCGAGCAGCACUACAAGGUCGUGGCCAAGCUGCCGUCAGCGGAGUUCCAGAAGAUCUGCCGCGACCUCAAGGAGUUCGGGGAGACGAUGCAGGUGAAGGCCACCAAGGAGGGCAUUACAUUCACCGUACAGGGUGACAUGGGCGCCGGCAACGUCAUGUUGAAGCCGCGCGCGGCAGAGAAGCCCGAGGACGCGGUGAGCCUCACCGUGCACGAGCCAGUCUCUGCCACCUUCGCGCUGCGCUACUUGGUGAACUUCGCCAAGGCCGCGCCGCUGUGCGGCACGGUGGAGCUUGGUCUCGGUCCAGAUGCGCCUCUGCUCGUGAGGUAUAACCUGGAAAACGCGGACAAUGGCCACUUGCAGUUCUACCUGGCGCCAAAGAUCGACGAGUGAGACCGAGACCGUUGUGAUCCUUGCAGAGGUGAGAGCCAAGCAGCUCUAGGGGUGUACGCAGGGCCACCUUGUGUCCGCACUCGGCGGCUACUGUGACGGCAGAGCUGUGAACGUUUCCAACAGCUGCCCUGCGCGGGUGUGCAGGUCGGGGUUGCAUCAGCAUCAGUGACACCAAUCAUUGGAGCUGAGUGGAACAAUGAGGCCCUUGGGUGUUCGGGGAGGGAGACUCUGCCCCUCAUGGGCUUCCUCCAAGCUCUCCUGCUCCGCCCCCUCUCCUUGUUCUCCUGCUCCUCCUCCGCCUCACUCCUCUCGCAUCCGUCGUAGCGUGGUCUGGCGAGACCAGCAAGGCAGCACAUGCGACACGCUGGCGUCCAGCCGUGACGCCCAGACAUGGAUAUUCGUUUGUUUGUGCUAUGUGCCUGUGCUCCAAAUCCCUUAUUAAUCGAC